UUUCUUGGUCUGGUGCAAAAUGGCGACGCCAAGCCCGAGGAAAUUCCAAGAGAAGAUAGCGUUACUGCAACAAAGGGAGGCCGAGGGGAAAAUCGCAUAUGACACUAUAAUGAAUGAAGUCCAGGGGCUGAGGUUGCUCCCCAAGCCCUCAAGCCAAAACAAUGGACAACAGUUGUUACCACCGCAGGUACAGUCUCCUCCCUUCCAGCACCCACCACAGCAGCACUCCUCCCAAAGUGCCUCCCUUCCGGACUUCUCCAUCAACCUCCCGGGUGUGUUGGCUUAUGUUCCCCCGUGCUGGCCGAGGGUCUGUGGUUCACCUGAGCUGGGAGGUGUUGCGCUGCGGCCUCCACAUGCCCUGCGCACACACCAGGAUCAGGGUAGGGUGCCUGAAUACUACAUGAAGGGGACAGUACAGGGUGCAAUGCAGGACUUGAACAACCUGCAGAACGAAGUGUAUUCUGGCGUCCCACAUCAGCGCGUCUCUGUGCCAACCCAGGUCAGGACACACCAGCACGGCCAUCCCCACAUGACCAACUCCACAGUCUACCCUGUGCUCCUCUCACCUCCACCAGCCUCGGAGUCCCUCUUGCGAUCCAACUCAGACUCCUCCCUCCACCAGAACCUUGUCCAUAGUGGGAAGGCAGCUAACAACAGGAAAGUGUCAUCGCCUGCGGAUGUUGGUAGGAUGGAUCAAGGCCUUGGGGUGAACGUUUAUUGUCCUACAAGACACAACCAAGAACUCCUGAACAGACCCAAGUCAGGCUGUGAGCUAACACACCCUUCAGAGAUAACAGGUGGUCUUGGUCAUCGGGUAAAUCACAUUCAACGGAGCCCUAACAUCCCCAUCCCCACCACCAUCACCAACACUGGGGGUGCUGGGCCUGGAGGAGGGGGAGGUGUGGGUGGCACGCUUCCCAACACUGGUUCGCUGCCAGACCUGACACAAGUCCAGUACCUGCAACCCAUGAACACUCCAAUACCUGAUACAGACCUGAAUACGAUAUCCCCGGGGUCAUCCAGGUUGGUGACCACCUUCCCUACAGGGGUGCUUGCCGACCCUUACAGCAGUGGACAGGCAUCCCCAAGAGGCACCUCACCUGGCCCCUCCCCGUCCGUCAUGCGCAAAAGCAAGCCACAGAAGCCCUACCAGCCCACACAAGUCAAUCACCGAGGAGUCCACCACAGCCAGAACAAAAAUCAUUUGUCUGUCCCUACUGUAAUUAAUGCACGCUACCUCCAUACAUGUAAGGGGAUGACUGUCGACAACAGCACAAUCGUGGACCCACACAUGGCUAACUCGGGGCUCAACCUCUUUGGGCAGCCCUUGUCUCCCAGUGGCUCACAUCCUCCUAGUCCAAACCAACUCAACUUCAUGGAUUAUAGAAAUCCUGUUAGUCCUCAACUCAGUCCAAGAAGCUCACCAGGACCCUGCCACACCCUCCAGACUGGUGGCUUGGCGAGUUACAGCAGCAACAGUCCCAGUGACUCUCGUAGUGCUCCCCCCUCACCCAGUGCCCCCCAGGCCUCCCCAGCCUCCUCUCCAGGGGUCACCCUCAACAAGCCCUUCACCUAUAAUGAAUAUCACACUCAUGCACAAACUAAUCAGCUCAACCAGCAGUUUGAGCAGUGCAAAAUGAUUGACAACUCUCCAGUCUCUGCCAGUACCUAUGCAUCAAGUGGAAGCAGUAAUGUGCAACCACAGGGUGGUCGACUUUUGGAGAUUGGUGUUGAAGGGAAUGGUUUCUUCAUGAAUGUUCCAGCGUCCAAUUCUGGCUGCCCCAUCCCCACUAGCCAGGCCCACCCGCCUCCCACAGGGCCACCCCCUCCAUACCCACAGUCCACUUCCCCUGCACACCAUCAGUUACAGCAAACUUCACAGCAGCAACAGGAACAGCUUCAACAGCACCAACAGCAACAACAGCAGCACCAACAACAGCAGCAACAGCAGCACCAACAACAGCAGCACCAACAACAGCAGCAGCAGCAGCAACAACAGCAGCAGCAUCAACAACAUCAGCAACAUCAGCAACAGCAACAACAACAACAGCAACAGCAGCAACAACAACAGCAACAACAAGAACAACAGCAACAACAGCAUUCACAACCACAGCAGCCACAGCACCACCAGCAACCCUCCCCAACCCACCCACAACACAUUACACAGUCCCCCAACCACCACCCACAUCACCCACCCUCCCCUGUCCAAUCCAUAUCCUCACAUGCUCCUCCUUCCCCUGCACAAGACCCUCUCAGCCCUGCCAGUCACAACCACUCCAUGCAGCAUCCGCCCACUCCACAGACUCCACAGACACCUACUUUCAUCACUCCACAGGUGGUGGUCACCAUACCUCCAGAAGGGACUGAAGACAGCCUUCUCCAAGACAACAUCACUGGCUGGGACAUGUUUGGCUCCUCUACCAAUUAUGAAGAGUCAUUUGAAUCUUCUGUUUUGGAUGACUUGAGAUGUGUUCAUAGUGGUACCUUUGAGGCCCAAGCUGCUCACUGCACCUCUCAUGACGUGAAGCCACAUUGGAAGUAGGCUGGAUGAGAAUGAGCUAAGUAUGAUGGUGGAUCAAGGAGCAGUGGAUCAGCUGCUAGUGGACCAAGAGACUGAGGAAAGCUUCCGGAGAGACCACCGUACCACCUCCUCGACUACCACUUCUGGGCCAUAGCCUCCAUUUCCUUCUCUUUGGGAGGGAGAAUGACUUAGAAAGGAAAGAGAGGAAAUAAUUCACAGAGCCACAACAUCCCUAGCUGCUGGUAUUUGCUUCACCAGUGACCUUGAGCUAUCUUCCACCAGCAGUGUAUACAGUCUGCAGCUGCCAAACCCCUUUUCUGUUGAGCCUCCUGUGCUGGGGCCUCUGGUGGGUGCAGGGGUGACUCUGGUGCUGUGGUGGCAGCAGAAUAGCUAUAUUCUGAGGGUGGUGAUGGUGGUGGUGUAUUGUUUAAGCUCCUUCCAGUACCAAGUCUUUGUGCAGGUAGAGCGUAUUCUAAAAAGAUAAUUUUUUCAUCUUAUAACAUGGAGAAUCAUUCAUUCUUGAAAUGAUAACGGUGCUUGUUUUCCCCAAUGCAAUAACUUUGACUACAAAAUUCAUUGUUGCUUGAGGCAUCCCUUGCUAGGCAGUGUCAUUCUCCCUUGUGCUGCUGUUAACCAUUUUCAUUUUUAAUUUCUUGUACAAUGCUUUUCACUUCAAUAUGCAUAAAUUAGAAGAGGCACCCGCUAGGAACCAUAGAAAUAUGGUCUGCCUUCACACAAAGUAACACACACACACACACACACACACACACACACACACACACACACACACACACACACACACACACACACACACACACACACACACACACACACACACACAUUGUUUAAAUAAAUUAUUUAAAAAAAAUAUUGCAAGAGAGUAGGAAUGUAACACUUAUGGAUAAUUCAACUGCAAAGAGGUAUGCUGGGAAAAUUGGACUAUGCAAGGAGAAAAAGAGUCAUGGGAAUAUACACUACUAAACCUAAUAAUGAUUAACACUAUGACAGUGGAUUGGGGGAAACUACAAGAGUUGGAGGAAAUGAGGAAGCAUUGAGGCUUGAGUUACAGUUUACAAAAGAGAAAUUGAACAAUAGAUUAUCAGUGCCCUCAAAGUAAAAGCAACCAUCUAUUAAUUGAAUUUACCCUAGACAAAGGCUCAGCAGUAAACAGGGACGAACUUCACAAAAGUGGAAGAUAUAAUUACCAAAAGGCUGACUUCAUGGAGUUCAGGGAAUACUUUGCAGAAAUUGAGUGGAACCAACUGUACAUAACAAAUAAUGUACAGGGAAACUGGGAUAUAUUUAUGAAUAUUUAUAAAGAAGUUAUCAGAUAUGUUCUUAAGAUCAGAUCCAGUGAGAAGAGAAAGGAAGACUGGUAUAUUACAAGAUUAGCUAAAAUGAAAAAGGAAGCUGCAUGGAAUAGAUAGAGAAAAAGAGGACAGAAUAAUUGGGAAGAAUUUAAGGUAGUAAGAAAUUGAUGUCCAAACCCUAAGAGGAGAACAAAGGAACUAUGAGAAAGAUGUAGUUGACAAAAGCAAAAAAUGAGCCAAAACCCUUUUCUAAAUAUGGUAAUGGGAAAAUGAAGAAAAAUAAAGCAAACAAUAGAUGGAUUAAAAGUUGAUAAUGUCAUGUAUAAGGAUGCAAGAUCACAGGCGGAAAUAAUUAAUAGGUGCUAUCAAUCGGUAUUCAUCAAAGAAAAAUAAGUUUGAAGGAGCAAGAACAGGGAGAUCCAUGUGGAAGUCAAAGAAAUCAAGGUUAUUAAGAUGUUGGAUGUGAAUAAGGCUUAAGGACCAGAUGGGGUGUUAUAUUGGAUAUUGAGGGAAUGUAAUGACCAGUUGGUAGAGAUAUUACAUAACAUUAGAAUUAGAUUGGAAAAGGGCCAGUAUUGUACCAAUUUUCAAGGUAGGUAACAGAGAACAACAACUGAGCUACAGACCAGUGUCCCUAACAAUUGUGGUUGCAAAAAUAGUGGAAAAAUAGUUAAAGACAGAUGGACAGCUAGAAGUCACAUACAUUAAUUGAAUGACAAUUUGGUUUCAGAAGUGGAAGAUCAUGUCUUACAAACUUAUUGAGUUUCUACAGUAAAGCAAUAACUAUAAUUCAGGAAAGGGACGGAUGGGCAGACUGUGUCUACUUGGAUCUUUUGAUAAAAUACUGCAUCAAAGAUUGCUAUGGAAAAUUAUAAACAUAGUGGUUUACAGGGAAAAGUACUGAAUUGGAUAAGUCUUCUUAAAAGACAGAGAAAUGAGAACAGUGAUAAAAGGUGAAGAAUCCAAAUGAUGUUGAGUUGUAAGUGGAGUUCCACAGGGGAUAGGCCUGGCCCCAGUAAUGUUCAUAGUGUAUUGUAUAUUAAUGAAUGAUACGGUAGAUGAGGUGGACAUUUAUAUAAGCUUAUUUACAAAUGAUGCAGAGUUACUGAAACGAAUGGAAAAUGACAUGGAUUUUGAAAUGCUAAAGAAAGACUUGAAU